AUGGCUGACGCAGUGGAGAAAGAGGGCGGUAGCCCGUGUUCGGUGGAUUUUGGGGAUGGCGAUGAACCGUCGCCGCCCCCCGCCGAUGCGGAUGAAGAGCCCGGCGUUAGCCAUGGCGGUGGUCCCGAGAACAUCAGGGAGCCAACGUUCCAGGAGGGCAUCAUGAGGCCGAUGAGAGUUCAUUCAGCUUUGAAGAGCUCAAAGAACUUUGAGGAUUUCAGAAGAAACAGGCCCUUCAAGUUCCUCCACAUGUAUAGCGGCCCAAAUGACCCUUUGGGACAAGCCAUAAAGAUCGAGGCGGCCAAGAACAGACUGGAAACUGUUGUCUUGAGCUUGGACAACAAAAUUGACCAAACCCUGGACUUAUCAAAGCCAUCAAGUUCCACGGCAAUCAAGCAAGAGGUAGCCAGAGGGGAGUGGGAUUACACACAUGCAGGCUUUCCAUGUGGUAGCUUCAGCAUGGCACGUCACAAUGCGACCCCUGGUCAACCUGGUCCUGUCAGGGAUAAGGCGAACAUCUAUGGGUACCAGGGCAAUACCCCACAACAACAGGCUGAAGCUGACAGGGGCACGAGGAUGGCGACGCAGGCGGGGGACAUCUACCAGGAGCAGGUGAGAGCGUGCGAAGCCAGAAAAGUCCCCCCGUUGGCAACUCUUGAGAACCCUCCUGGAAGUGAAGAAUCAGGAGGGGCGUGGGACCUACCGGAACUUCAAAAGGCACUGGAAGAGACGAAAGGAGUUAAAAUUCCUUAUCGCUCAUGCGCCUUCAUGGUGAAAGAAAAACAACGGUUUUUGAAACCAGGGGUUUGGGCAGGCAGACUUUCAGGAAUUGAAAAACUUCAGAAGGUUUGCAGGUGUCCUGCAUGGAUUAAACAUGUCCCUCUGAUCGGAAAACAGAUGACUUCGUUGGCGGCAGAGUACCCUCAGGGCUUGGCCGAAGCUGUUGCAAAGGAGGUAGUGGCUUCCUGGAAGAAGACUCUGAACUUGGAGUGGUGGCGCUACCAGAUCGAGACAAAGGCCCAGGAGGUUGGGGAUUUACAAAAGAAGUGGCUCGAAAACGAGGACAACAAGAGCAAGGCCGCGGACACAAGGCCACCUCCUCAGAAAAGAGCCGCGGCUAUGGCCUUCAAGAUCGACAACAUCGAAAGCGAUGACAUGGCAAAUGGACAGAUGAUGACAGAUGGCUCAGACUGCCUUGUUGGAUUUGCGUUCAUUUGCGCCGUAGAUCUUGGCAAGGGUGAUGUGGACCUUGGUGAUGUGGAUACGUUGCACCAGAUGCCCGAUCGUCAUGACAUACACUUGGAUGAAGUUGCGAAGUGCCCAAAGCCCGAUCGUCUUGGCAUACACCUGGACGAAGUUGCGAAGUGCUCAGCACCCCAGUUGGAAACGGCGGCACAGGAGGCACAGACACAUGUGCAGGAGGCUCCGGACGCUCAUCUGUCGGUGGUGUGCCAGUUGGAACUUGGGAUUGAGAAGACCCGUCACCAGAUUUUGGGGUAUGCUUCAACUGCCUAUAGGAAACAACAUGCCGGCGCCACAGUUGGUCGGCGAGCCUUGCUGCAGCGGGCCGAUGAUUUCCUGGCCGGCUCUUGGCCUUCAAUGCUUGCGUCUGCGCACGCGCAGCAACCAAGCCCUGGCCCACGUGCUCGCGCCGCGCGCACCGCUGAGGAAGAAGCUACACUGCGCCGAGCGCGUGCUUGCCGCCAGGUUGCUCAAGGGGAUCUUUCCCGGGCACGGGCCACCCUCACGGCCUCUCCGCUCGCGCCCGGCACAGCGGCCACUCUGGAGUCCUUAGUAGAUCCCGCCCGGCGUCCUCCAGCCUUGCUUCGUCCCAUCCCUGACCACAUCAGUAAUUACUGCCCGGACGCGGCGCUGCACCUCUCUGAGCAGGAAGUGGUCGACGCGUUGCGCACAGCAAAGCGCAGCGCGGCACCUGGCCUUAGCGGCGCAACCGCCGAGCAUUUCAAACUGCUCCUCGACGAUGGCGAAGCCCUCACACUCUUCACGGGGGCACUCACGCAAUUGGCUAAUGCCCACGUGCCGCCGGAAGUCCUCACAGCGAUUUCCCAGUCUCGUCUCACGGCCUUAGCCAAGCCAGGUGGCGGGGCCCGCGGGAUAGCCACGGGCGAUUCGCUGCGCCGAUUGACAUCCCGCAUCUUGGCGCGCAAGUUUGCAGCAACCUUUGAUGUUGCCACGCGCCCCUACCAAUUCGCGCUCCAAACACGCGCGGGGGUCGAUGCUUUGGCUGGGUUGCUCCGUGCUGCAGUUGAUCUUGACCCCCGGACAGCGGUCGUCUCCCUCGAUGGCCGCUCGGCGUAUGAUUGCGUGUCGCGCAGCGCCAUCUUCACCGCCCUUCACACCACGGCGCCGGCCUUGGUCCCAUUUGUCCGGGCCAUUUAUGGCACACCUUCCAUCUUCCAUUGGUGGGACGAUCAAGGCGCGCACCAUGUCAUCACUCAGGGCGAGGGGGUUGAGCAGGGCGACCCCUUAGCCCCCGCGCUGUACGCGCUUGGACAGCACCAUGCCCUCGAAGUUGCUGCUGCCCAGCUCCUGCCUGACGAAGUCUUGGCCGCCUAUCUCGAUGACGUUUACAUCAUCUGCCAGCCUGACCGGGCACGGCCGGCAUUUGACAUCGUCAGCCGGGCCAUCGAAGGCCAUGCCGGGGUCGCCGCCAACUCAGGCAAAACUCGUGUCUUCACCCGCGCUGGAGGCCCAGCGCCGCCUGGCGUUGAAACGCUCGGCCCUGAUGUGUGGCGCGGUGGUGACAGCCCAGAGUGUGGCCUGGUCGCCUUAGGCGCGCCAAUAGGUAGCGCGGAUUUCGUUGCCGCCCAUGCGCACGGCCGACUUGAACAAGAAACCGGCCUCCUAGCCGAGAUCCAGCAGCUCCCGGACUUACAGGCUGCGUGGCUCCUUCUUCUCUACACGGCGGCGCCGCGUGCUGGCCACCUUCUCCGCACAUUGCCGCCCUCUCAAUCUGGAGAGUAUGCGCGCCAGCACGAUAGUGCCGUGUGGAGCUGCUUGUCUUUUCUGCUCGGUGAGCCCGACCCCCUCCCGGCCACCGCUCACGACGUAGGCUUCCUCCCCAUCCGACUAGGCGGCCUCGGCCUGUUCGCGGCUGAACGGAUCGCUCCAGCUGCGUAUUGGGCGGCAUGGGCCGAUGCCCUCCCUGUGCUGGCCCUGCGACAGCCGAUCCUUGCUGCUCGCUGCGCCGCCGAACUUACCCUCGGCCCGGAAUCGGCUGCGGCAUGCCUCCGUGAAGCGGCCGCUUCAGCAUCCGACCUCGACCGGUUUGGCUGGCAGUCGCGCCCGGGUUGGGCUGUCCUCGCGGCCAAUGCGUCGGAAGUUCCUAACCUUCGGGAACGAGAGCCUGGCAUCCCCGCGCAUGGCUGGCAACACCUCGCGUCGCUCGUUGUGCAAACUUCUUUCCGAGCGCGCGAAGUUUUGCCCCGCCUCCCGCCCGCUGGCCAAGCGCUGCUCAGAUCCCAAGCUGGGCCUCACGCCGGCGCGUGGCUCACCGCCAUCCCAAGCGAGGAAGGCGCCACCUUAACGCCCAACCUCAUGCACAUUGCCCUCCGGCGCCGCUUACGCCUGCCUUUGCCGCCCGCGGCCCAGCGUUGCGGGCAGGGUGCCGGCCGCCAUGGGUGCGGCGGCGCGCUGGAUCCACUGGGCGAUCACGCGCUGGCAUGCCCACGCAGCGGUCUCCUCGCACGCCGGGCCCACGUGCUAGAACACGCAUGGAUCCGUGUUGCCCGUGAGGCAGUCGGCUCUGAGGGCCGGGUGGUCCCACAGCCUUGGCUCGCUCACACCAACUUGGCGACCGCGGUGGACGACCGUCGGCGGCUUGACCUUCUGAUCCAUGGCGCAACCCCGCGUGGGGAAGCGUUGGCGUGCGAUGUUACGCUAGUUUCCCCGCUCACCCGAAGUGGCCAGCCCACCCGCCAAGCUGCAACUCACGAUGGGGCAGCCCUGCUUGCCGCCCGAGCGCGCAAACACCGCCGCUAUCCAGAGCUGCUUGGCGGGGGCCCCCAGCGCCUUUUGGUACUUGGCGCGGAGGUCGGCGGGCGGUGGCAUUCGGAAUGCCUGCAACUUGUGCGCCUGCUGGUCGCUGUCCGCAGCCCACGCGCGCCGCCGCCACUCCGGCAGGCAGCGGCACAGGGUUGGCAGCGGCGGUGGUGGGGCUUUCUCAGUAUUGCCCUCCAAAAGGGUGUGUGCGCCACAGCACUCGGGGUUGAGUGGAUCUCCCCACCGCUCCCCCACGCAAGCGCACCAGGCAUGGCCCGCCUCCUUGACGCGGUUCCGAUGGAUGGUGCAAGCCGCCUCCCGCUUUCGUUUCACGCCUCGCCGUAG